GGAGCUGGCGCCAGGGAGGCCGGAGGAUGCCGAGGGGCCGGAGCCCGGCAGGCCUGAGGCCGAGGAGCGCGCUGCCCCCUGCUCCUACUGCUUGAGCCACACCAACCGCCUGACGCGCUGUCCCUGGGCCCGCCACCCUCAGAGCUCCCGCUGGUGCUGUCCCCUUCUGAGCCUGCGCCCCUCUCCUCGCGGUGCUGCGUGCGGCCGCCGCCGCCUCUACCCAGAACCCGAGCCUCCGCCGCGGCCCAUGGAGGUGGCACCGGAGCAACCGCGCUGGAUGGCGCACCCAGCAGUGCUGAAUGCGCAGCACCCCGACUCGCACCACCCGGGCCUGGCGCACAACUAUAUGGAGCCCGCGCAGCUACUGCCUCCGGACGAGGUCGACGUCUUUUUCAACCAUCUUGACUCGCAGGGCAAUCCCUACUACGCCAACCCGGCCCACGCGCGGGCUCGCGUCUCCUAUAGUCCUGCACACGCCCGCCUGACGGGAGGCCAGAUGUGCCGUCCACACUUGUUACACAGCCCGGGGUUACCGUGGCUGGAUGGGGGUAAAGCAGCCCUCUCCGCAGCUGCAGCACACCACCACAACCCCUGGACCGUGAGCCCCUUCUCCAAGACGCCGCUGCACCCCUCAGCUGCUGGAGGCCCCGGAGGCCCCCUUUCGGUGUACCCAGGGGCUGGGGGCGGGAGCGGGGGUGGCAGUGGGGGCUCUGUGGCCUCCCUCACCCCCACUGCAGCCCACUCUGGCUCCCACCUUUUCGGUUUCCCACCCACGCCGCCGAAGGAAGUGUCUCCUGACCCUAGCACUACCGGGGCUGCCUCUCCAGCCUCCUCUUCCGCAGGGGGUAGUGCUCCCCGGGGGGAGGACAAGGAUGGCGUCAAGUACCAGGUGUCGCUGGCAGAGAGCAUGAAGCUGGAAAGCGGCAGUCCCCUGCGCCCAGGCCUGGCUGCCAUGGGCACCCAGCCUGCCACACAUCACCCCAUCCCCACCUAUCCUUCCUAUGUGCCCGCUGCUGCCCACGACUACAGCAGUGGACUCUUCCACCCAGGAGGCUUCCUGGGUGGCCCUGCCUCCAGCUUCACCCCUAAGCAGCGCACCAAGGCACGCUCCUGCUCAGAAGGCCGGGAGUGUGUCAACUGUGGGGCUACAGCCACCCCUCUCUGGCGGCGAGAUGGCACUGGCCACUACCUGUGCAAUGCCUGCGGGCUCUACCACAAGAUGAAUGGGCAGAACAGGCCGCUCAUCAAGCCCAAGCGGAGACUGUCUGCUGCCAGGAGAGCAGGCACCUGUUGUGCAAAUUGUCAGACAACCACCACCACCUUAUGGCGCCGAAACGCCAAUGGAGACCCUGUCUGCAACGCCUGUGGCCUUUACUACAAGCUGCACAAUGUGAACAGGCCGCUGACCAUGAAGAAGGAAGGGAUCCAAACUCGGAACCGGAAGAUGUCUAACAAAUCCAAGAAGAACAAAAAGGGGACAGAAUGCUUCGAGGAGCUGUCCAAGUGUAUGCAGGAGAAGGCCUCACCCUUUAGCGCUGCUGCCCUGGCUGGACACAUGGCACCUGUAAGCCACCUCCCACCCUUCAGCCACUCCGGACACAUCUUGCCUACCCCAACACCCAUCCACCCCUCCUCCAGCCUCUCCUUUGGCCAUCCCCAUCCAUCCAGCAUGGUGACCGCCAUGGGCUAAGGACAGCCGCACACGAAGGGACAGAUGGAUUCAGAGGAGGGCAGCCUGCAGCUCGAGGCUGGGUGCUCCCAGGACAAGUGGACCAAAACUUUAGUGGUCCACUCCUCAAAGACUGAUUCCUCUCCUACCAGCCCUGCCUGAGCCUAUGCUGCCUCACCUGUGGGCACUCUGCUCAGCAGUCACCAGUCACUAAAGAUUCUCACUGGGGCUGAGAGGUGGCUUCAACCCAGCUGCUACUCAGAUGGGGUUUCUAUCACCGGCAAUUGUUUGGAGAACAGAAAGGACAACUUUAUGAAGAGAGAAGGAGAGGACAGGGGACAAACGAAGGAAACCACUUUCAGGAGGAAAAGAGAGUAGGCAAAAAUAAUUUAUUUUGCUCUUAUUUUUAACAAGUACUGGGAGAUUUGGGAGGUCUGAGCUCCCCAGGCUCCCUCGGCUUUCCUCAGCGCCAAGUGCUGCUCAGCCUGUCCACUUGCCAGGAUUCUGAGGACAGGUGUGCGAGGGAACUUCAGCACACACCUUGUCCUCGGGCUUCCCUUUCUGAAAUGCUGAGCCCCAGGCUGGACCGAGCCAAUUUAGAGGGCUUAUUGCCCACUGGGAGGCUGAGCCAGUGCAUGCCCUGCUGGUGGGCCCUGGAGGGCAGAGACAAUCACUGGCGGUCUGGCGCAGAUUCCCAGGCCAGGGCUGGGUCACAGGAAGGAAACAACAUUUUCUUGAGAGGGGAAAUGUCUCCCAGCUGGCUCUCCUGACUCUCAGGCUGAAGCUGGUGUGACCUGUGUCCCCUUACUGGCAGAGCCAUAGCCUGCCUUCUGGGCCAGGUGGACCCCUGUACAUACACAUCCUUUUUCUGCUAACUCCUCAAUCCCCUCUUCUCAUACUAUGAGACAAAAGAAAAAAAAAAAAAACCUGCAUAAGCUUAACUCGUGGAUGAGUUAGUUGUUUUAUUUUUAAACUCUUUUUGGGUCCAGUCAAUUGUACUUUGCUAUGGAAGCCCUUACUAUGGAGAGGAAUAAAACCUACAAACCAAGGCUGUAGCUUUGCAGUUAUUUUUGGAAAAGUUCUUAGAUACCACAGCCCUAGAAUGGGGAGCUGGGGGCCAAGGGGUGGGGCCUUGACUGCUCUUGGCUUCUGGGGGCUGGUCUGGCAGAUGGCAAAGCCAGGAGUUGGGGUGGGUCAGAGCCAAGACUGAGAGACCACGACCCUCCUGGGGUCUUGGGAGACCUGCAUUCUGCUCUGCUUUGCUGUGGCUAGCUGGAUCCUUCCCAAGGUACAGCUGUACAUAACCAUGUCUGAGCUUAGAUUCUGUAUGUAGCGGUGGCGGGAUGUGAUGGCCAGUGGGGGCCGGGCCCAGGAAGAGGAUUGUGCUGAUGUAGUCGACCAAGUGCAAUAUAGGCAGCUGAUCGCUGCAGGGGCACCACCACCAUAAGUAACUUAUUUUGUACUAGCAUCCACAUUAAGAAGAAUCGGCAGUAUUUUUUGUUUUUAUGUUUUAUUUGGCUUGUUUUAUUUUGGAUUAGUGAACUAAGUUAUUGUUAAUUAUGUACAACAUUUAUAUAUUGUCUGUAAAAAUUGUAUGCUAUCCUCCUAUUCCAUUAAAGUGAAUACUGUUAAGAAUAAUAAAA